UCCUUCAUUAUUUUCAUUAUUAUUUUCUCUUUAUUUUUCAGAAAACCUUAUUUUCUACGUUCUUCCAAUUCCCAAACUUCCAUUCAUUCUUCGCUUCCAAACAGCCAUAGCGAUUUCUUCAACGCUUAAUUCAAAGCUUAUUAUCAAUUUCACCAAGUUAAUCGUCGAUCAAGGUUUGAGUUUGAAUUGUGAAACAAACACCAUGAGAUUAAAAAAGGGAAAUAAAGUGGAGGUUCUUGCCAGCACUGAGGGGCCAUGUGUCGAAUUUCGAUGUGCUCAAAUUAUCUCUGGUAAUGGGCGAACUUACAGCGUCCAGUACGAGUGCUCUACUGUGACAAGUGAGGCAGGUGUGCAGAGAAUUCAAAGGAAGGCCAUCAGACCCUGCCCCCCUCUUAUUGAAGGGGUUGAGAACUGGAAAGCUUGUGAUAUUGUGGAGGUUUACGAUGCUGGUUCUUGGAAAGUGGCUACUGUUUUGAAGGUCCUAGGUCGGGAUUUCUACCUGGUAAGGUGCUUGUCAUCUUGCAAGCAGAUGAAGGUUCACAAAGAUGGCAUGAGGGUGCGGCAAUCAUGGAUAAAUGAUCAAUGGAUCAUUAAUCAACAGGAUCUUGGUAAUUCGGGAGGUGGGAAGUCUAGCUGCAAUUUGAUUUCAAACAGUUAUAAGGUGAUGCAUGAAGUUCAACAACCUGGUACCAGAAAAAGUCAGCAAGAUAGAAGUGAUUGUUUCUCAAGUACAAAUGCUAGUGCUCUCUACAAGCCUUUUGCAGCUUCAUCUACAGGACUGAAGAGACUGUCUCCAUAUGGUAAUUCUGCUGUUGAUGCUUAUCCCAAAAAGAUGAGGGCUGUUAUAAAUAAGGGUGGGUAUGAAAGAUCCAAAGUGGUUCCGACAGCCCAAAAGGUAGAUGUUAUUGCUUACCCACAAAAUAAAAUGGGUGAAAAAUGCAUGUAUGAUUCCAUUAUUAAUGGUACCAACCAAUAUUGUGAAACAUGGAAGAAACCUCCCCAUGUCACAACAUGUUAUUUUGAAAGAAUUGCGGAGCCAGAUUAUUCUUGUAAUGAUCUGAGUUCUGUUGGCAGUUGUAGUGUGAUAGGUAGUAGUACAAGUAGAAGUUCCAGUAAUAUGUUAGCAGGUUCUUGCCAUGAUGAAGAUACCCUUUCUAGUGACGCAGAGUCUUUAAAUGUUGGAGAUUUGGAUAAAGGGUGUCCAAUUUCUCCUGAGGAGGAUGUAGCAGAAGGAAUUCAUAGGGUAGAGUUGCAUGCCUAUCGCAGUACUCUAGAGGCAAUAUAUGCUUCUGGUUCUUUAAGUUGGGAACAAGAAGAGUUAUUGACUAAUCUUCGUAUAUCACUACAUAUUUCUAAUGAUGAACAUUUGAUGGAGAUAAAGAACUUAGCUUCAGUUGGUCAGAAUUUUUAGAUAUUCAUACAAGGGAUGUCAUGUUAGGAUUUUUUACUCUUAACUGUUUAAAUGUACAGCAUUAGAUCCUGAUUGUUAAUCUUUCUGUAUUAAUAAUUAUAAUCAUUAUGAGUAUAUCAAAUUAUGGAGCCAACCUUUUUGUAUUUUUGUGGGUGUUUUGAUGUUCUUGUUAUUGUUUUCAACAUUAAAAGUUGUGGAUUUCCUCAAUUGCUAUGAUUUGUCGCCUUCAACUGUUCAUUUACUUCCUGUUCUCUUGUAUAUUAUUUCAUUGCGAAACAAUUGUUAAUGACUUGAGACCUUGAAAACUUGGUUAAAGCUUGUAAUUGCACAACUUCAAGUCUAUAGUUAUGCUUAAUUUGGAUUGGAUGAGCUUAUCAGCUCCCUAUUUGCAUCAAAUUUUCCACUGUGAAUAUUAUUGAUGAAUCAGCUACAUUUUCCAGGGCCAGUGUGGGAGGCUUUGCCCUGCUUCCAAUGGCUAAACAUGAUGUUAGGUUUGCUACUUUUCACUCCGCAAUUAAUCGGUGACAUCUACCAAUAAUUUUCCUUCCAAGAUAAGGAAUUUCUAUGGUUGCUUCUCUGCCUUUGAAAUAGUAUAGUAUAUUUCAGGUAUGCAUAGAAUUGACAUGUUCAUGAGAACAUUAACUUUCAUAAUGCUGCUGACAUAAGCAUCAAUUGAAAGAUUAUCUUGUAGUGCUCUUACUCAAAUAUGGCACUUCAUUUCUUGUAUUUGCUUCGUUUUUAGAUUGAUUAUCUUGCUAUGUGAGUGGAGACGGUCCUGUCAACUGAAAUGUAGGUAAGAUGGUAGGAUGUUACAUGAUAUCUUACUUCUGGUAGCUGGAUGCUCCAUCAAUUUGUCGAAAUCAUAAUUUUUGCUUUCUUGUGUGUGGCUACAUUUCUCAUGGGCAUGCUUGAAUUUGAAACAGCUGUGUUGAACUUGAAUCUGGCAUAUAGAAUGUGGAAGAUCGCUAUCUACUUUGUUGGAACAUACAAGUUAGCAUUUACACUGUUAUUUUAUUUAUAUUAUUUUAUUCAGCUGAUGAGCUGUGGUUAAGGGCGAAAUGCCACUCAAACCUAGAGCUAGUUGGUUCUUCCCUACAUGUGUUGAGGCGCGCAGCAUCUGCUUGGAUGUUUGUGGUAAAACUUUUUGGUGAAAUCAGUACAAACUGUAUAUAGUAGAUAUGAAUUUCACCCCCCCCCCCCCUUGCUUUGAGAUCCCCCGCGGGGGGCAGUGGCAUGCGUGCCAGGUUAGCUUCAAUUGCUGGACGCAGCUUAACUUCUCUAAUUGCUAUUCCAAUGUAAAACAAUCUCACCCCAUAGUGUGUGCUGAUCCACUUGGUUUGGAUUUUCAUUUGUCGUUAUGGUAGGGUCUCAUUCCGUUUACAUUACUCUCGGUUGUUUCUCUUUGAUCUUCAAUGCAGCUAAGAGUUCCGGACAAUUGCUUCCAAGCUCAAUUCUCGAUCGUCACCUGAGUGCAAAUACUUUGUUAUUGCACCUAACCUUGUAUGUUCAUUGAUUUAUUGUAAUGCUCGAGUCUAAUUAACGUAUUGAAUUGAUGUGCAUUUUUUUUUCUUUUUUUUUUCACAACUGGCUUAUCCAUGGUCAAGCUUGUGGUCACCUUGAUGAGUGGGACAAUUGGUCUAGAGUUUUGAAGUUGUUUCAUACUUAAGGUGAGAUUCAAGCCCUUGACAUUUGGUAAAGGGAGAAUGGGUUCCUUCCACUCAACCGCAUCCCCCAGGCUAUUGACGUGCACAUUGUUGACAUUGUUUCUAUUUUUUUUAAGAUUGCUGAGUCGUUAAUUUGAAAGCCAACUACCUCUUUGUUUAAGCAAAGUAUCUAUGAAAGAACUCUACCAUAAUUUUAUCUUCAGAUCGAAUGAGACCAUGAGUCGAUGACUGUGUAUGUGAAAGAAUAUGGAUGAUAUUAGUUAUGUUGGUCAAUAUUGGUCCUUCUGUACACUUGGAUUGGAAUUGAAGCACUAAUGGAAAUUUUGUAAGAUAAGUUGGAUGCCAUUACUAGAAAUUGUUAAUAAUGGAAUUUUGUAAGAGAAAUUGGAUGCCAUUGCCUGAACUGAGUUGUAUAGUUAUAGAUGCCAAUCUCAAUCUUAUAAGUUAUUAUUAAUUUUUUUCUUGGUUUUAAUGCUCUCUAACUGGAAAUAUUUCAAUUUUUGAAUAAGAACCCAUGUUAAUUUCAGUGAACUAUACCUGGAUAACUGGCUAAGGAUUGACAAUGAGGCAGAAACUAUUUUAAGUUUACAUUUAUUUUGAAUUUUUAGUAUCAGAAUGUAAAAUGGGAUUCUGUCACUUGAAUUAGAAUUGAGUGAUAAAAGUUGUAAUGUUAAAUUUAAAUUUAACUGCUGUUGAUUCAAUAGUUCCUAGUUUUCUUUGAAUUUUUCUGGUAGUGGCAUAGUUCAAGAAAUAA